AUGAAGAUACGUAUAUUAAAGAUGUUUAAAGAAAUGAAAGAACUAACUAUAAUAAGAAAGUGUAACAAAAAAUAUAAAACAAAACAAAGCACAUCUAUGAUAGUAUGUAUUAUGCUGUCUUUACUGGUUAUGUCUCAGACUACUGCUAGACUAUAUUUCGAUUCUAUUCAAAAAAUACCUUAUAUAGGAAUUAUUAAUACUGUUUACCCAAACAUAAGUCCAAAUGAGCACAGUAAUGCAACUCCUUUAACAGCAUGCAUACUUAAAAGGAUGGGAUAUUUAGAUAUUAUAAUUUCCUUUACCCAAAAUGCGAAUGCAACUUGCAAAAUGAGGAUUAAAAAAAUAGAAAGGCCGCCAAAUGGGCAAUUAAAAUACAAUGAAGAAGAAAGUGAAACACCAGAAGCACGAGGUGCAGAUAAUCUCAUAGAAAGUAUUAUACAAAAAGAAGAAGAACAUAAUAGAAAUACUAGUGCAAUUAACAAUCAAGCAAUAUAUUCAAUGAUAUAUAGAACAAACUCUAAUAAACCCCCGCUAGAUCAUAAUUUAAAAAUACCCUCAAAAAACCCAGAUUAUCUUGUAGCGUAUUAUGAUGUAUUUUACAAAUUAUUUCCAUCAUACCAUGACAAAAAAAAUGAGUCCAUAUACUCAGACGAAAAACAUUCAUUCUACAAUUUUAUAACAGACAUAGAAACUAGAAAAUCUAAAUAUAUGUUUUUUGCAUGCUUGCUGCUUCUUUCAGAGGGGUUAUAUAUGCCGGUGUCAAUUGAAACAAAUAAGAAUGGGUGUAGGCAGUUUGUGCUAAGAAGUAUUGUCAGUGGAAUGGAGCGUUUUCGAAUUAACAUAGAUAAAAUCCAAACUAUUUGUAAAUGUGCCAUCUCACAUGAUGAAUCAUCAGAUUGCGCGUAUUCCAAUACAUCUGUAAUAGUUUCUCGGCCAGAUGUGAUUGAUAUACUUAAAUUUUUCAUAAGCUUUAAUAGAAGUUUAGUUAAAAAGGCUAUAAAUCCCAAUGAAUUCAAUCUCUAUAAUAUGUGUAGUGAUUUGAACUUUCGGGAGUUUGUGUUUUCCUCAACCUUUUUUUUAAACAUCUACAUAUAUGAGUACAUAAACAAUUUAGAGAAUAUGGCCAUAUACUUGCAGGAGAUUAAUAACCUUCUUUUUGAGUAUAUACCUAGGAACAAAAACACUGACUUGAUGAAGAGUGUGAAAAACAGAUUGAAUAUUCUGAAUGAAAAUACAGAGAAUAUAGUAUAUCGAAUAGAAAAAAGCCAGAUUCCACCUGUUAGUGAUAUAUUAAAGAACGCAACUGUGCUAUUUAAUAACUAUUUCACUAAUAUAAGCUUUGAUAAUCCAAGAGCCCCGUCAAUUAUACCAGACAUAAAAUUCCUUUCCUACCAAAUAACCCGAAAUAAUCCGCUGUCUAUAAACACAGAAAUGUUUUAUCCAAUAGAAUGCCCGAUAACCCAUAACCCGAAGAAUGUGAUUAAACUAUUAUCGCUGUGUAGUGCAGCUUUAAACCUAAAUUUAAAUGAUAAAUACAGUAUAGAAUUGAAUCGUGAAAUUAUGCAUCUGCCUAAAUUUAUUAAUCAUGUGGAGACUAUGCUUCUAGGCAUAUUAUGCAUCUGCUUUUAUGACCGAGCUGAUCAUAUGUACACGAUUAGCCCCAAAAUAACCAGUCCGUCUUCUGAAUUAUUGGAGCUCUUUACAAAGUAUAAGCAUUUGUUUGAAAAAACCGACAGAACUGUCCAUAAUGAUUGGAAUAAAGUAGUUUCUUAUAUAGCGGACAACAAUAUACGAUAUAUUAGGCCAAGCUCAUUACAGCUAAACUCAGGCCUGUUAAAUAUACUAUUGGUCAUUCGACAUAUAACUGGGUUAUAUACAAUAGAGAACAGCCGAUUUUUAGAAAUAUUAAAUUUAGUUAAGAAUGAUGGCUGCAUAGAAGAAAUCACAAGGAACAUUAAAACCUAUAUAUCUAGUUUGUUAAGCCUACUAUUAGUAAAAAAGACUGCAAUUAUUAGUAUGUGUAUUCUAAGAAAAGAAUUUGUAUCUAAAAAAGAGAGAGAUUUAUUUGGGCAGAUAAUUAUAGCAUAUCAAGAUGAGUCAGAAGAAACUUAUUCUGUGAACUGGGUAAUUGAACCAAUUAAUAUGUUAGAAAAGGCAUCUUUAAUUACACAACCAGAUAGCAAAGAAGAUUCUGAUAAGAAUAAUCUAAAAUCUGAGAAAUUGAAUGAAGAAUCUAAGAGUAACCCGAAAGCAAAACUUCCUUCAUUGAUUUAUCCGCCCCCAAAAAAACAUAUGUUAUUGCCUAUAACAGAAAUAGACUAUGAAGUUCCAUAUAAUAUAACAAAUACAAAGCUUAUAAUUGAAAAUCCCAAUAAUUUUAAGUUAAACCGCACUAUUACUCAGAGAAUAAAUGCAUUUAAUAAUCGGAUGUCUAUGAAAUAUCCCAUGAUUCAUGGCGAGUGCUCUGCAUAUAUAAAAUAUGUUACGUCUAAUAACCCGAAUUGCAUAGAAAGCCAAAAUCUCAUAAAUAUAAUUAACUAUAUCUUGGGAAAGAUAAAAAACAAACAACCCUUUUUACCAAAUGGAGGUUUGACUUUUAGUGAUAUUUCUUCUAGAAGUCUUCGUCUUUCUAUAGCCAAAAUUUUAUUUUUACAUAGCCUUGAUUCGACUAUAUGUGAAAAGAACAACCUUUUAUUAUUGAUAUCCAAUAUAUUGUUUGGAGUUGGCUUAGAUAAUGGAGAUCUAUGCAGCUUUUUAUUAUUUAUGUUUGGGUAUUUUCCAGAAACAAAGAAAUAUUUAUCUAAUAUUGAAAUCGAUCCUAAGCUCUUUUUUUUGCUCCCAAACUAUGAAAAUGUUUUCAUUGAGACUAUUCAGACCUUGAUCUCAUACAAACUAAAGGAAGUUCUUGUUAAUUUACUUCACAGUCAUAUAAAAAUGUGCCUUACAUAUAAUAUGCCACACAUACACAAAUUGCUUGAGAAUCUCUCAUAUGAAAAUCAAAUAAAUAUGCUUUGCUGCUUGACUGAUAUGGGUAUGGAUUUGACCCAUAUAAAAAGCAUUGUGCUGCAUAUAAAGAAGACUUUUAAAGACGGCCAUCAGACUUUAGUUAAUGAGUUUUUACAAAAAAUUCUAAUCAUUAUGUGUAGUGACAUAGAUGUAUUUAAGAAAAACAUAAUUGAGUGUGCAGAUAUACAUUUAAAUAGUUUUAAUCCCUCUUUAACAGAUAUAACCAAAUGGGAUAUGCAUAAUAAAUCUAGACUGAGUAGUACUAUCGUGACACUUAGUAAUCUGAUUGAAGAAGAAUCAAAAGGCAAUCGCAACAUCUCAAAUUUAAGUUAUAUUAAAAAAAUAUAUGAAACAAAGAUAUCUUUAAUAUCCAAACUACCUUUUAUAAAAAAUUCGAAAAAUAUAACCUAG